AUGUCAGUGGCACCGAUUCGAGAAAUCAAUGAUGAACUCGUUCUAUGGCGUCCCUUCUUCAAUGGUCUUCCACAAUUAGUCCUAGACUAUCUUGUCACACUUAAAUACAAAGUAGAAGAUGACUUUCCGAUUCCUUAUGUACCCCAAACUCCCGCGUCUGACAAAUUGAAUCACUUGCUGAUGUUGUAUUUCGAGUCCUUCGACUACCAAUAUCAUCAUGAUGAGAAAACUAUGGGAAUUGCUAAUAUCAUACCUGUACCAAACAAAUACAAAGAAGAAAUGGCUGAAAUUACUAAUAUUCGGCUACAAAAUGAUCGUUCAAUUAAAAACUUUCUCGAACGAGAUGCAAUUGAGUAUCUACUACCAUUGAUAAGAAUAGCUAUGACCUCCCAUCCGACAUGGUUUGUAAAAUUAUCUGCACAAUCAAAUAAGCACGAUUUCAAUAUCAAAAGUGUCGACACUGCUGAAGAUGUACUGGAUAUAAUCACUCAGAGUCCUACACUACUCAAAAACGAAUGGCAACGACGAAAGAAGUCAACUUAUAUUAUUCUCAAACCGUGGAAUCCUUUGAUCAAUACGCAUAACGAAUUUCGCUUAUUCAUAUGGGAAAGCAAAGUCACAGCAGCUACACAGCAACAUUGGUAUACACAGUUAGAUCAUUCACAGGAAUAUAUUGACUCGGUUAUAAACGUUAUCAGUGACUACAGACAUUCACCAAAGUUACCAGUGAAUUGUGUGAUUGAUGCAGUCAUACUGGAAGAUGCAAAAAUGAUUAUCAUUGAACUCAAUCCAUGGAUUUGUUCAGGUGGUGGUCUAUUCGAGUGGGAAAUGGAUUAUAAAGUACUCUAUGGUGUUGAAGGAGACGUAGAACUAAGACUUGCAAAUAUGGAAGUAAUGUGA